CACCGAGCGCAGCCGGACGCGGCCGACUGACCCGGUCGCUGUGGCAACGCGGCGGGACCGGGCAGCGCUGCUGGCGGGCGUUAGGGUAUUUCUGGAAAACUCAAACUGUUUUUCCUCUACUCUGAUACCACAAGAAUCAUCAGCACAGAGGAAGACUUCUGUGAUCAAAUGUGGUGGGAGAGGGAGGUUUUCACCAGCACAUGAGCAGUCAGUUCUGCCGCAGACUCGGCGGGUGUCCUUCGGUUCAGUUCCAACACCGCCUGUCUGGAGAGAGGGUAGAGGGUGGAAGCUCUGGGGAGGAUCUUAUGACCUACAAUGGAAAGUCAGGUGAGAGUGGAGACCUGGAAGGAUUCUGUUUCCUGAGGCCUGACACGCCCAACAUUGCAACAAAAGACUGCGACGUGUGAGAGUUAUGAGCCAGGAACUGUGCAAGAAAACCAUGAUGUGUCAUUGUACCACAACAGUGGCCACCAUGCUGCCACUGGGCUCAGAGCCGGCCCUGAAUGAGCUGCUGCUUCGCAAGGAGGAGGAGUGGAGGGCGCUGCAGGCACACCGCACCCAGCUGCAGGAGGCGGCUCUGCAGGACACACGGAGCCAGCUGGAGGAGGCGCAGGGGAAACUGCGGUGCCUGCAGGAGGACUUUGUCUACAACCUUCAGGUGCUGGAGGAGCGGGACCUCGAGCUGGAGCGCUAUGAUGCCACCUUCGCCCAGGCCAGGGAGUGGGAGGAGGCCAGGCGGGCAGAGGUGAGCGAGCUCAAGAUAGAGGCGGCUAAGCUGAGGCAGGCGCUAGCCAGAGAGGCCAGGAAGGUGGAGGAGCUGCAGCAGCAGCAGCAGCUGGCAUGCCAGGAGCAUCGCCUGGAGCUGGAGCGCGUCCACAGUGACAAGAAUGGUGAGAUUGACCACCACCGGGAACAGUAUGAAAAUCUAAAAUGGACACUGGAGAGAAAACUUGAGGAGCUCGACGGUGAGCUUGCUCUGCAGAGACAGGAACUGCUGCUGGAGUUUGAAUCGAAAAUGCGGAAGAGGGAGCACGAAUUCCGUCUGCAGGCUGACAACAUGAGCAGCACAGCCUUGUCCCGGGAGCUUAAGGUUAAACUACUGCACAAAGAGCUGGAGGCUCUGAAGGAAGCCGGGGCAAAGGCUGCAGAGAGCCUGCAGAGGGCAGAGGCCACCAACGCCGAGCUGGAGAGGAAGCUCCAGAGCCGAGCCGGGGAGCUCCAGGACCUGGAGGCCAUGAGCCGCGCCCGGGUAAAGGAUUUAGAGGAUAAACUUCACUCUGUGCAGCUAACCAGGAAGAAGGAAGAGGAAACAUUUAAGAGGAAGCAUGAGGAGCUCGACCGUCUGGCCAGGGAGAAGGAUGCGGUGCUGGUGGCGGUGAAGGGAGCCCACGUGGAGCAGCUGCAGGAGCUGCAGACCAGGGUUCUGGAGCUGCAGGCCCACUGCGAGACCCUCGAGGCGCAGCUCCGCAGGGCAGAGUGGAGACAGGCUGACACCGCCAAGGAGAAGGACGCUGCCAUUGACCAACUUCGUGAAGAUGCAUCAACUGUAAAAUCUGCCUGGGAUGCUCAAAUUGCUCAACUAUCUAAGGAGAUGGUCUCCAGAGACCUUCAGAUUCAGACUCUGCAGGAAGAAGAGGUGAAGCUCAAGGCACAGGUGGCCCGAUCCCAGCAGGAUAUUGAAAGGUACAAGCAACAGCUGUCCCUGGCAGUGGAAAGGGAGCGGAGCCUGGAGCGUGAUCAGGUGCAGCUGGGCCUGGACUGGCAGCGCCGCUGUGAUGACAUUGAAAGGGACCAGAUCCAAAAGUCAGAGGCCCUGAUUCAGGGUCUGACCACGGCAAAAAGUCAGGUUGCUGCCAAGCUGCAGGAGACAGAGCAGGUGCUACAGGAGCAGGAGGUGGUGCUGAAGGCCGUGACCCUGGAACGAGACCAGGCCGUGCAGGCCCUGAGGAUGCAUGGGCUCCCCGGACCAGGGGCACAGAUGCUUCUCAGGCAGCAUGAAGAAGAAAUAAGUAAAGACUUUCCAUCCAGUGAGAUCCAGCGGCUCCGAGAGCAGAACACGAGCCUGCGAAACGCGAUUGCCCAGAUGAGGAAAGAAAUGGAGGCUCUAAGCCAUCAGAUUCCUCCUCCCGUCCAGACAGCGGCAGAGAGCACAGAUGCAAACCAGCCUGACCCAGAGGCUGGGGGAGAUGCCGCCACUCCUGAUUAUGUUCUGGCCCUUGAAGCAGAAAUACGAACUCUAAAGCAUAAGUUUAAAACUCUGGAAAAGCAUCUAGAAGAUGUGUUGGAUCCUUUAAAGAUGUCCUCACCUCAUGCUGAGUCUCAGCCCAGCGUCCGCACCUCGACAGAGACGACUGGAGGGUCUGUCCAAGCUGGUCAAGCAGGAGGAUCUGUCCAAGCUGGCCCAGUAUCCUCUGGACUGGCACUCAGGAAGCUCGGGGACAGAGUGCAGCUCCUAAACCUGCUGGUGACACGACUCAGACAGAAGGUGCUGCGGGAACCCCUGGAGCCGGCCGCUCUCCAGCGUGAGCUUCCCCGUGAGGUGGACCAGGUACACCUGGAGGUUUUGGAGCUGCGGAAGCAGGUGGCUGAGCUGGGGAAGCAUCUCAGGAUAGCCCAGCACGGGGGAGCGGAGCCUUCAGGCAGGAAGCAGCCCCCCGCCUCGGACGCCGUGGCCCUUGGGAGAGAGGGCCUCGCCAAGAGAGGGCCUAUGGAGGCCGAGGACAAGGGGGAGCUUUUCCUGCACCUCCGGUCAGUGGCACGUGCCCCCCAGACCUUAUCUAUGCACCAACUCCAGAGAAAGCUGAAGGAGGCAGCCAGAAAAAUCAUCAGCCUCCGCCUGGAGAAAGAGCAGCUCAUCGAGAUGGGGAACAGGCUCCGUGCAGAGCUGGGCCGACCCGAAAGGUGGCUGUUGCACCACGCCCUCCCUCCUGCCCCUGAGGCCCGGAAGCCAGGCGAGGAGCCCAGGAGGCCUUUGGAUCGCAGCCCACCUUUGGGACAGGUGCAGCCCCAUUUUACAGCUCAGGACGCCAAGAGUGCCAAGGAUGAGGCUCCUUCCAGACACUUGGGAAAGCACCAGCCCCGCUCAGCACAGGUGGGCAGCAGACUUGACGCCCUGCAAGGCCCGAAGACACAACACAGCAUCCACACGGUGACCUGUAAAUCACCGCGGCAGAAAGAAGACAGGUCCCCAAAGCCACCCCAGGCUCCCGAGCACCCUGAGGAGCAUGGUCGCCAAUCCCACAGCUCCUCCUCCUUUGCCAGUGGCACCCUGCAGGACACAUGGAGGUUGCUAGACCUGGGAUCCAGCCCUUCUGGUGUCACCUCCCAGGGUAACUCAGCUCCAGGUAGGAGACUGCCCUCCCCAGGAGCUGCCCACAGCUGGCAGCUGGCGAGGGCCACCCUCUCCGAGGGGCAUGUGGAGAGUCAGCACCCUGCGUGCCUCCUGCACCCUGAAAUCCCUGCACUUUGGUUGAGUAAUGCAUGGAGUCUCCUUACCUCUCAUUUGGCACCUGAGUGUUUCCCGGGUUAUGGUGCAAAGCCCUGAAGGGCAGAAACCAUGCCAUUUCCUAGCGCAGUACUGUACACCCGGGCGCACGCUGACUUAGAAUAGAGCACUGUACACCCGGGCGCAGGCUGACUUAGAAUGGAGCACUGUACACCCGGGCGCAGGCUGACUUAGAAUGGAGCCCAGGUGAAACGCGUGGGCAUUGGUGCACUUUAGACGGCCCUGCUCCUGGGGAAGAGCCAGGUCGACCCCAGCGAUGCUCCCGGGGAAGAGCCAGGCCGACCCCAGUGAUGCUCAGCCUCACGGGCCAGACAAGUGUCAGCCGCAUCCUCAUCCUCGUCCUGCUUUGCUGCGCGGACAUUGCCCCCCUGAGGCUCUUCUCUGCACCUAAGUCAUAGGCCUGGUAAACUCAGCAGGUCACAGUGCCAGCUCCUGCUACUGGUCUCAGGAAGUUUUCAGAAAAGUCUGUUUGAAGGGUGCACCUUGUGGGGACUGCAUGGGUCUGUGAUGUAGCGAGAAGGGUGGAGGGAAACAGAUGCUGCUUCGAGGCAGCUGGAGUUGCGGGACGUGUGAUGUGGUUGGGGCGGGAGCGUGCGUCCUUCCUGUGUGCCUGCAUGGAGGGCGUCCCCUUCUUACCUUACAGCUUCUGUCUUCCGUCAUGAGGGUGUGCCUCAUUCAUUUAAUCAUUCUCUCCUUC